AUGCCGAGCUUCACAGAAUCACCCGGGGAGCCGUAUGUCCCUGCCCCUUACAACAACAUCGAUCGACACGACGUUCAUAUCAGCACAGAGCCCAGUGUCAAGCAUGAACGACCAACAGCGGACCCCAUUGCCAUUGUGGGAAUGGCGAUGCGUCUGCCGGGACGAGUGCAUAAUGGUGAAGAGUUCUGGAAGAUGAUGACGGAAAAGAGAAACGGUCUCUGCGAAGUGCCACAGGAUCGGUACAACGUCGGCGGCUUUCACGAUCCAUCGGGAAAGCCAGGCACAUUUCAAAUGGACAAGGGAUAUUUCUUGCAAGAUGUUGACAUUCAGCAAUUUGAUACCUCUUUCUUCAGUGUGUCCAAGACAGAGCUGGAACGUCUUGACCCCCAACAGCGGCAGUUGCUCGAGGUUACUUACGAAUGCAUGGAGGAUUCCGGAGCAACUUCGUGGCGAGGUAGCAAUAUCGGCUGCUACGUUGGAGUUUUUGGGGAUGACUGGCAAGACCUCAACGCAAAAGAACCAUUGCAUAGAGGCGGCUACCGCGUCACCGGCUAUGACGACUUUGUACUAGGAAAUAGGGUAUCGUACGAGUACGAUCUGCACGGCCCCAGUAUGACGGUCAAGACUGGCUGCUCCUCUUCCCUAGUUUGCCUAGACAUGGCCUGCGAGGCGAUUCGAAAAGGGGACUGUGACGGCGCCCUUGUAUGCGGCACCGGCUUGAUCUUCUCGCCAACCAUGACUCUGGCCCUCAGCGACCAGGGUGUUUUGUCCCCCUCUGGAGUUUGUAAGACAUUUGACGCGUCUGCAAACGGCUAUGGACGUGGCGAAGCCGUUAAUGCCAUCUACGUCAAGAGGUUAAGUCAAGCAAUGGCAGACGGCGACCCCAUACGCGCAAUCAUAAGGGGGACAAGCGUUAACUGCGAUGGACACACGCAGGCAAUGCUUACGCCGAGUCCAAUAGCUCAGGAGGCUCUGAUAAGGCGGGCAUAUGCUCAAGCCGGCAUCGCAGAUCUCUCCAAGACUGCCAUGGUCGAGUGUCACGGCACUGGCACGAGUGUUGGUGAUCCCUUGGAGACGGCAGCUGUUGCGAGAUGCUUUGGCGACAAGGGCAUAAUUAUCACAUCUGUCAAACCUAAUGUUGGGCACUCGGAGGGCGCGGCCGGCCUAACCAGUCUCAUCAAGGCUGUUUUGGCUAUCGAACAUAGACAAAUACCGCCGAAUAUUUUUUUCGAGACUCCAAACCCAGAAAUCCCAUUUGAGAAAUGCAAACUUCACGUACCUGUCGAAACGGAAGAAUGGCCUCACGGUCGCGCCGAAAGGGUCAGCGUUAACUCCUUCGGCAUUGGUGGCGUUAACGCACAUGUCAUCGUGGAGUCCUUGCGAGAAUACAACAAUCGCGGGAAAUGGUCAUCUGGAGAAUUGACCCAGAUGAUAGGUAAGAGUCAGGCUGACAGUAUCGGAAUUGCAUACUUGAAUGGUCAUGAUGAAACCUACGAGAGCUUCCAUCAAAAUGGAAUAGCUCUCAUUAAAGUAAACGGUCACUCCAACGGAAAAAUAGAUGAGAAAGUCAACAGCCAUAUAAACGGAUAUCAUAAAUCAAACAGCUGUACAAACGGGCACUCCGACAACGACAUAGACAACAGCAAUAGUACUGUUAACGGCAAAGGCACCAUCAAUGGGAACGGCACUGUCAAAGGUAGCGACAAUGUGAACGGUAACGGCACUGUCGACAGUGCCUGUCCUGUCAACGGAAAUGGUUCUAUCAAUGGUAACAGCACUGUGAAAUGUAUCGGCACAAUCAACGGUAGCGGCAGCGUGAACGGUAACGGCGCUUUCAACGGUGACGGCACUAUGAAAAGUAACGGCGCUGUCAACGGUAAUGGUACUAUCAGCGGAAAUGGUACGGUCAACUGCAACAACACUGUCAACGGCGUCGCCAACGACACAGCCAACGGCGACGGAAAUACUCAUCAUGCAAACAGCAUCAGCAACGGCAAUUCUAACGGCGUUUUAAAUGGUGCUGGUAUGGAGAAAGGCAUUGGCAACGGCCCUGAGAACAUCAAUGGUCACGGCCCUGAAGUUAGCUUGGAAUAUGCGCAUAUGGACGGCAAAGGUAGUGUGGAUGCAAUUGUAUCAAACGGCAAUGGAUCUGUCUACGGAAACGGCAUUUCGAGGAGCAAUGACCGUGGUCUGGACCAUAGUCUGGACGAGGAAUUUCCUCUACGUCCACAGUUGCUUCUAUUCUCAGCAAGCGGUGAUUCUUCACUAAAAGCGAGCAUCGAAGAACAUCAAAAUUACCUCACACAAAGCGAUGCUUCUCUUAAAGACAUAGCUUACACUCUCGCACUCCGCCGAGAGCACAAAUCUCACCGAGCUUACGCUAUUGCAGCGAACAAGAACUCUUUGGAUUUGUCUCCCUCCGAGCAUUCGAACAAAGCCGCUCGCGUUGCAUGGGUAUUCACUGGGCAAGGAGCGCAAUGGCCCGAAAUGGGAGCUCAGCUGAUCGACUCGAACCUUGUUUUCAGAAGUACUAUUGACAAGCUAGACAACUUCCUUCGCGGGCUACCCGCCCCUCCAUCGUGGACAAUCAAAGACGAGCUACGUAAGGCUGCCGGCAAGAGCCGUGUUCAAAAGGCAGAGAUGGGCCAUCCUCUGUCCAUUGCUGUGCAGGUGGCCCUUGUCGAUGUGCUUCGAUCUUGGAACAUCCAACCGGACAUUGUGCUCGGCCACUCGUCAGGAGAGACCGCAGCUGCAUAUGCUUGCGGCGCCAUCACGGCAGAGGCGGCAAUGGCCAUUGGUACGUUCCGCGGUACAAACAGCACACAAACAUCUGAUAAGCGUGGCUCAAUGGCUGCUAUUGGUCUCGGACCACAUGAAAUGGCGCCUUACAUGGAAUCCGGCGUCGUUGUUGCGUGUGAAAACAGCCAAUGCAGUGUUACGGUGUCUGGAGACACUGAGCAGGUGGAAAAGGUGGUGCAGAAUGUCAAGGAGAAACAACCCGGUGUCCUUGCCCGUAUGUUACGUGUCGAAAGAGCGUUCCAUUCUCACCACAUGCUGGAGAAUGGCCCCCAGUACGAGGAGCACCUGCUGCCUUUUGUGACAAGCGUUUCUCCUGUCGUCCCUUUCUACUCGUCUGUUACUGGGAAACGACUUACCGGGGAUGGCAGCCUCGGGCCGGCGUACUGGAGAAAAAACAUGGAGAGCCCUGUUUUGUUCAACACCGCCCUUCGGUCAGCCCUUGCUGGGGUGGAUGGAAAGGUGGCCAUUGUCGAAAUCGGACCUCACCCAGCACUCAAGGGGCCCAUAGGCCAGAUACUGAGAGAUCUCGACCGAGGAGAUGACGUGCACAUGGGAACACUGCAGAGAGACAAGAUAGACGAAGAAAGCAUGCUGCACCUCGCCGGAAAGUUGUUCCAGCACGGUGUUGAUGUCGACUAUUCUGCCGUCGGCGUCGCUGGAGGAAGUCAUGUUCGAAACAUGCCGCGAUACUCAUGGAAGCGCGACACCGCUCACUGGGCAGAGUCUCGUAUGACCCGCGAAUGGCGUUUCCGCGAGCAUGCUCCGCAUGAACUGCUCGGCUCCAGGGUUCUUGAGGUGUCCAACAGCCCGUUUUGGAGAAACAAGCUGGCCUUGGAAGACGCCCCGUGGCUGUCGGGGCACGAAGUUAACGGCCAGGUUAUCUUUCCGGGUGCUGGGUACAUUUGCAUGGUAGGAGAGGCCAUUAGACAGCUGGAAGGCGACACAACUUACAGUCUGCGAAACGUCAAGAUCACAGCCGGACUCGUUCUUGACCACGGAAAGACGGUCGAGCUGGUGACCAGCAUAACCCCUAUUUCGUCGGACUCGUCAGACGAAUCGCCCUGGUAUACCUUUGGCAUCAGCUCCCAUGACGGCACCAGGUGGAUCAACCAUUGUGCCGGUGAGGCUCGUGCAUCGGUUGAUAAAUCUGUGGACCUUAGUGCUCAAGCACAGGCGCCUCUUCCCCGAAAGGUGGAGGAUGGCGAAUGGUACGGCAUCCUUAACCGGGUAGGUUUCAAUUACACCGGACUGUUCCAGGGAUUACGCAAUAUUUCCUCUGCGACUGACGCAAGUCUCUCAACUGCCGCUGUUCCAUUUCUGCAGACCGGGACCAGGGGCAACUACGCCAUGCACCCUGCAACUAUCGACCAGUGUUUCCAACUCUUCACCGUUUCUGCCUAUCGUGGACUUGGUCGAAACUGCAAGAGCAUCGCCGUGCCCACCUUCAUCGAAGGAAUGAUAGUGCGCCCUACCACGGACGAUCUUGAUGUUGUAGCCGACAUUGGCACGCUCGAGCGUGGAUCGUUCGUUGGUAACCUGACAGCCCAGAGCAAUGGCGAGAUGAUUUUGUCACUCAGGGGCUUCAAAGCGUCGGCAUUGACCCGUGAAGAUGACGCCGACGAGAAUUUACCUCUCAUCACCCAGUUUGAGUGGAAGCCGCAUGCGGAUUUCUUGAAUCUAAAGGAUCACAUGCAUCCACGUACCCACAUUCCCAGAGAGUGGUCGUUAUUUGAGGAGCUUAUGAUUCUCUGCAUCAUCGACCAUGUAGAAAACAUCAGACUGACGGAGGAGACCCAACCUCAUCUUCGCAAAUUCCUUUCCUGGAUGCAGGAACAGCUUGAAAAGUACAAGUCUGGCGCCAACGUCUUCGUCUCCAACGAAACGCGCCUGUGGGAGCUCACUCGAGAGCAACGCUUGUCGAGGAUUGAAGAGAUCGUGAUCGAUGGUGAAAAAUCGCAAUAUCCAGCGUUCUGCAUCGCCAUUCACCGCUUGUUCAAAGCCGUUGACUCCAUCUUCGAAGGUAAAACGCAUCCGCUUCAUGUGCUGAUGAAGGACGACAUCCUCACUGAUUUCUACGCCGUCGGAGACGAGCUCGAGUACGAAGACGCACUGCAGGCUCUCGGACACACAAACCCCCGACUUAGGAUCCUCGAAGUCGGUGCCGGAACUGGAGGCACCACGGUGAAAGUCCUCAAGGCACUCAAGUCGCGACAAGGCGAGCGACUAUUUGGAAGCUACACCUACACCGACAUCUCCACCGGCUUCAUGGCGGCUGCCAAGGAACGAUUUGCAGACGUCGAGAAUAUAGAAUAUGCCGCGCUCGAUAUUUCUCAAAGCCCCGUGGAGCAGGGAUUCCAAGAGGGUGGGUAUGAUCUGAUCGUCGCAUCCAACGUCAUCCAUGCCACCCCAUGCCUACAGACCUCUCUGCUUCACCUGAGGACCCUGCUCAGCCCUGGUGGUCGACUGUUCCUGCAGGAGCUCUGCCCCGAUGCCAAAUACGUCAACUAUGUGAUGGGCUACCUAUCUGGUUGGUGGUUGGGAGAUGACGACAACCGUUCUUCGGAGCCCUACAUCUCACCCGAGAGAUGGACCAAAGAACUGGUGGCAGCCGGUUUCCAGGAGCCUGCCAUCGCCAUCGAUGGCAUUGCCCCGUACCAGCAAAGCGCUGGAAUCAUGGCAGUUCCUGCAAUAACAGUCAACAAGCCACCCAGGGUCACUCUCGUGACGUACACUCUCAGCGGAGCCUACGUGAGAGAAGCAAAGGACACCCUCGAGGCUAGAGGAAUGGCAGUUGAUGUGUGCCUCUUUGGCUCGCCCUUGCCAGCUCAGGAUGCAAUCUCGCUUCUGGACCUCCAGGAGGCCAUGGUGCAUGGUCUGACAAAGGACUCUUUCGAGAGUCUUGUUGCUCACUUGAACUCUAUCAAUGCGAAGCUGGUCUGGGCGACUCGUCCUUCGCAGGUCAAUUGCGAGGAUCCAAGAACUGCCAUGACCCUAGGUCUAGCCCGCACUGCUCGAAGUGAGCUUUCGGUCAAGCUGUUCACGGUUGAAAUUGACACCAAAAUCACCCCUUCAUCUGCAACCGAGGCACUUGUCGACGUGCUCAUGCGCGUUCAGUCGCCGGAGCUGGAUGCCGAUUCUAUGGACCCUGACUGGGAAUUCGCCGUCGUUGGCAACCGGAUUCUCGUUCCACGGAUGCACUGGCAGACAAUGUCGAAUGCCUUCUCCAGCACAGAAAGGGCCAGCGAUGAUCCGUCUUUGAAAUACCUCACCGUCAAGACGCCCGGAUUGCUUCACACCAUGGGGUGGAGCGAAGUGACGCGCACACCACUGGGCCAUGGUCAAGUCCUCGUGCAGACGAAGGCUAUCGGUCUGAACUUUAGAGAUGUUCUCAUUGCACUUGGCGUCCUUGACAACAGCCCACGAGAGAUUGGCUUGGAAGGCUGUGGAAUCAUCACGGAGGUCGGCCCUGGAGUGCAGAAAUUCGCCAUCGGCGAUCGCGUCAUGUACAUGUCGAGUGGUUGUUUCACAACGCACAUCGCCUUGUCCCAGACCCUCUGCGUCAAGAUUGACGACUCGCUGAGUUUCGAGCAGGGCGCUGCUCUACCGUGUGUGUAUGCCACAGCAACGAUGGCCCUCACGGACAAAGCCAAUUUGAAGCAUGGACAGUCGAUUCUCAUCCACUCUGCCUGUGGCGGUGUCGGUCUGGCCGCCAUUCAGAUUGCACAAAUGCUCGGUGCCGAGGUCUAUUGCACUGUUGGAAAUGAUGAAAAGAUUCAGUAUCUCAUUGAGCAACACAAGAUACCGCGAUCGCACAUCUUCAACUCGCGCGAUUCAUCCUUCCUGGGCGAUGUGAUGCGCGCGACCAACGACAGGGGCGUCGAUGUCGUCCUUAACUCUCUUGCGGGGGAGCUUCUCCAAGCGUCUUGGAAAUGCGUGGCCGAGUUUGGCACCAUGAUUGAGAUUGGUAAACGAGACUUCCGACGACGCGCUAAGCUGUCUAUGGAAGCUUUCGAGGCCAACCGUACUUUUGUCGGCCUCGACCUGUGGCAGGUCUCGCAGGUUCGGCCAGAGAAGGCCGCGGAACUCUUGGAGCGCUGCGUCAGGUGGAUCCGUGAUGGUGCGCUCAAUCCUGGCGUCAUUGCCAAGGUCUUCGAGGCUGGCCAGAUUCAGGAUGCCUUCCGAUUCAUGCAGGGCGGCCGACAUAUAGGAAAGAUCAUCGUGGCGAUGCCCGAUGAUCCUUCAUCUGUCGAAGCCGUCGCCGAUCGUCCUGCCCCGUCGUUCCGCUCCGACCGCAGCUACCUUCUCGUUGGCGGUCUCGGCGGGUUAGGAAGGGCCAUUGCGAUGUGGAUGGUCGAGCAGGGCGCUCGUCACCUUGUUUUCCUCUCCCGAUCUGCCAAGGUCAAGCCAGAGUUGCAGGGAUUCAUGGACGAGCUCCAGUCUCAAGGCUGCGAAGUCCAGCUGGCUGCCGGUAGUGUCAGUAACGUGGAGGACGUAGAGAAGGCAGUUCAGGCGGCGUCGAGGCCGAUCGCAGGAGUCAUGAACCUGUCCAUGGUCUUGAAGGAUGUCUCCCUGUCUGACAUGUCGUUUGACGACUGGACCACGGCGGUAGCACCAAAAGUUCAGGGCACAUGGAAUCUCCACAAUGCCAUCACUUCCGAACUGGACUUUUUCAUCCUAUGCUCAUCCUACAGCGGCAUCGUCGGUCAAUGGGGUCAGGCCAAUUAUAGCGCCGCCAACACUUUCCUCGAUGCCUUUGUGCAGUUCCGCCACCGCAACGGAUUGGCGGCAUCGGUCAUCGAUAUCGGCGUCAUGGGCGAGGUCGGGUUCGUCUCCAAGAACAAGGAUAUUCUUGACCGGUUCCAAAAAUCGGGAAUGCGGAUUCUCAAGGAGCAGGAUCUGCUUGACGCAACCAACCUGGCGAUUCAACGAUCCAGGCCGAUCAAUCCGCGAGCGUCGGACGGAGCGUACACAAGUCCUGGCCAGAUUCUGCUGGGACUUGUCACCACCGUGCCCAUCGCUUCCCCGAACAACCGUGUGGUUUGGAAAAAAGAUGUUCGAAUGAGCAUAUACCACAACAUCAACGGCGCUGCAGACGCCUCGGCCAAGACCACCAAGGAGCAAGACAGCGUCGGAGCUCUGUUGGCCGCGGCCGCGUCGGAUCCCGCUAUUCUGGAGGAGCAAAGCACCACGACCAUCAUUGCGACGGCAAUUGCAUCUGCGCUGGCCAACUUCCUCAUCAAGGAGGAGGGGAGUAUUAAGAUUGAACACUCUCCGGAGAAUGCCGGUCUCGACUCCCUGGUAGCUAUGGAGCUGCGGAACUGGAUUCGGCAAAAGUUCAGCGUCGAGACGACGGUGAUGACGAUUGUGCAGAGCCCCUCGCUGCUGAAUCUGGGGGAUCUCAUCCGCGUCGCCCUGGUGCAGCGGGCUUGA